GACAUUGAAAAGAAAAGCACGCAACAAGAAGGGCUUCCCCACAGCAUCCUCACCCAACAAGAGAAGGAACCAGCCCAUUCCUGUUCCUCUACCACCGAACACACGCUUUCUUUCACGUUAACCUGCGCCCCUGUUUAUCCUGCGCACCCUUUCUUUUUUUCCCUUCCACACCCUUCUUCAGAUUCGGAGCACGGCGCCCCCGGUGGGAAAGGUUCGGGUGUUGGGGGCCUAGGGUUAGGGUUUCUGAGAGAUGUGGGAUGCUCCAGGCAUUGAUGAGUCUUAUCGCGCGCUGUUGGAAACCGUUCGGGCUCGGUGACGACGCCAAUGCCGGAAGAGAAUGCAAGGACGGCCUCCUCUGGUUCCGCGACAUCGGAAGGUUCGCUGCCGGCGAUUUCUCCAUGGCUGUCGUCCAGGCCAACCAGGUCCUCGAGGACCAGAGCCAGAUCGAGUCCGGGCCCUUCGGCACCUUCGUCGGAGUCUACGACGGCCACGGCGGCCCCGAUUGUUCGCGUUAUGUUUGUGAUAACUUGUUCCGUAAUCUCCAAGUUGUGCUUUUCAGUCUUCACAAGAGUCACGAACAGUUGAAAGCGAUAUUGGCCGAGUCACAUAGUGUUGUGACUUCUGAGGUCAUUCAACAGGCGUUCCAGCGGACCGAGGAGGGAUUCACGGCGCUUGUUUCAGAGUUGUGGAGCUCUCGGCCGCAAAUUGCAACCACUGGAACGUGUUGUUUGGUUGGAGUUAUUUGUCGGCAGACGCUGUUUGUGGCGAGUCUUGGAGAUUCCCGUGCUGUGUUGGGUAGGAGAGUUGGCAACACUGGUGGGAUGGCUGCAAUUCAGCUGUCCACCGAGCACAACGCGAAUAUUGAGGCUAUUAGGCAGGAGCUUAAGGAAUUGCACCCGGAUGACCCCCAGAUUGUUGUCCUGAGACAUGGAGUGUGGAGAGUCAAGGGCAUAAUUCAGGUUUCUAGAUCUAUAGGUGACGUAUAUAUGAAACAUGCGCAGUUUAACCGGGAACCCAUUAAUGCGAAAUUCAGACUCCCCGAACCAAUGAACAUGCCUUUCUUGUCUGCUAAUCCAACUGUUAUUUCUCAUCCAAUCCAACCAAAUGAUUCCUUCCUUAUAUUUGCGUCGGAUGGUUUAUGGGAGCACCUGAGUAAUGAUCAAGCAGUGGAUAUUGUUCACAGCAGUCCACGUGCGGGUAGUGCCAAGAGACUUAUCAAGGCUGCCCUCCACGAAGCAGCAAGAAAACGAGAAAUGCGGUAUUCGGAUCUGCGUAAGAUUGACAAGAAGGUUCGUCGCCAUUUUCACGACGAUAUAACUGUCAUUGUUUUAUUCUUAAACCACGACCUUAUAUCCAGAGGCGCAGUUCUAAAUUCGCCACUCACAGUUCGAAGUGCACUCGAUCACUGACACUCUUAUGAUUGUAAACACGUACGCUUCUCUUAUACGGGUGUUCUGUCAACUGUGCCAAAACCACAAAAUACUCAUUUGGUACGUUGCUAGAAUAUACCAUUCAUAGUGCUCCUACGUAUGCUCACUCAUACCAGACAACUUAUUCAUGCUCCAACUUGUAACACUUGUUAGAAAUUUAUCCAUAAAAACGAAAAGAAAAAAAGGGAAAGAAAUCAGAAAGUAACUUUUCAUUACCAAUUCA